UGCUUGUGGCUCAUAACGUAAGUCCCCACUAGUCGAUCGUGGCUUUUUUCAUAUUAAACAUCAUUAUAUUUCUAUACGCACGCUUCAAUAGAAUGUUUGUUUAAGUUAGAAAAAUAAGAGGGGAAAAAGAAAAUACCCCCUAUUUUUUAAUUCAGUGAUUACAUAUCUUCCAAAGGUUAUGAUAAAAACUGCUUUUUCGAAAUUCAGAUUCCCAAUUACUCAAGCAGUAGCAAGAGUACAAAAUCAAAGCAGUUCAACUCAUAUUUGCUACAUGGAACAUCAAAAUAUAUAAUAGUCUACAAAAGUUACUAAUUGGUAAAGUGUUGAAGAUGAAUAAUUUUAAUAAUACGAUGGAAUCUAGUUUAAAAUCAAUAGCGCAAAUGUCUAUUGGACAAGCAGUUCUCAAGCUUGCAGAUAAAACAUUGUAUAUUAUUGAAAAGUCUGUACAGUGGAGUCUACCAACUCAAGACAUAGCUGCAGAAGUAAAUGGCAAAUCAUUUGGCAAAUUCGAAUUGGUGAGGCCACUUCCAUGGUUUUUAUUUUUGCCAAGUUUGAUUAUAUUACGUAUAUUUCGGUUUGGUCUCAAUACUGUUGCUGGCAUACUUGGAUAUACAAAAAUUGAGCCUUCUGAUAUGAUAUUUAUUAUACAAAAAAGUCGCAGACGUGUAAGAAAUAUAAAAAUGAAUGGACUUCAGAUCAUGCGACAGAAAAAAAUUCCAACUGUAAAGGAUAGAACGAUGACUAUAAAAGAAGCAAGUAAGAACCUGGCUAAUUCAUUAAGAUUGAUCUUAUCUACAUUGUCUUGCCUGGACUCCGGAUCUAAAACAUCUCCGUCACCGCCUCCGACCAAAAUUAAGGUCUCUAGCAUUCUCAAUACGACUCAACUUGCAUCAAAAGAAAAAAAAAGAAUUGAAUCAACUUUAUUAAGCCCGAUGCCUAGGGAUAGUAAAAGAAAAUAUUCAGAGAUUAGUUCAGAAAAUUAUUCAGAAAGUGAGUCUGAUGAUGAACCAUUGGUUUCGAAAAUUGAAAAAAUAACGAAUGAAUUUGGCAGUGACAAAGAUUUCUGUCCGAUCGAAUGUUCAACGUCUGAUGAUAACGAAUUUUCGGAAUCAGAAGUAGAUGUGAGCGUUUCAUUAAGUGAAGCGCAAGAUCUGCAGAUAGAGAAAAUGUGGUGUGGCAAUCCUGAAUGCAGAGAUACAUUGUGUAACAACCAACUGCACGUGAAUCUGACUACUAGGAGACCUCGACCUCAACGAUUGAUCACAUUGAAGCGAAUAAACACGUCGGAGAAUUUUAUUAUAACGGCUGAGAAACCCAUUGCAAUAUCCAACGAAGUUGACAACGAACAAAACAUCACUCAUUACUCAUUUAAUAAUUGGAAAAGUGCAUCUACAAAAGUCUUAUUUGCCAUCGAUAAACUUAUAUAA